UUUGUUUUGUUGUGUUUUGAAGUGGGGGCUGUGCAUGUAUACUGACUUAUGUGUUGAUCAGCUACAGUGUUGUUGGCAGCAGACAUCAGCUGCAGAGGAGAGAGGUCACAAUCUGGAGGCCCAUGCAGGGCACCUGACCAGGUUGCACCGUGAGUGUGUGACAAUGUCAUCAUCCUCAGCUGAAUCGGUACUUGCAAGUGACUUCCAUAUGUCAUACAUCACAGCUCAAGAAUUGAAAUGUAUCUUACACUGGUUCACAGGUUGGUCUGCUGCUCAUCGUGAACGCUUCCUGCAGGACCUAGUAAUGAAGGCUGUUCCAAGUAAGAUCUGUUCUCUUCUGGACAGCUUGGAGCAUCUCAGCAUGACUGACUCUGCUCCUAACAUCUUCCAGUGCCAACUUCGACUCUGGAAUCACUGGUUUGAGAACUGGACUGAAGAUGAACGGAAUGAACUUCUCCGCCAGUUGGAGGAAAUAGACCCUGCAUUUGUUGCCAAGUUCUACCAACAGGUUGCCGGCACUGCUGGGAAGGAGUGAAUGGAACAUACAUUUGUAUGCAAUUAUAUAAUGUUAAGUGAUGAAGGCCUGCACUAUAGAUGAAGGUCUGCACUGAAUGCUUUGGGUUUUGAGCUGCCCUUUCGAAGUCUAAACACUUGUGCAGCUGCUGUUUGCAGACUAGAAAAGGAUCUGUAGAUAUGAGCUAGAAACUGGUUUUGUUGAUUGAUGUUCUUGUGCUUGGAUUCAGUCGUUAAGUGUAAGGGUACUUUAUGGGCGCAGUUGGGGUUUGUGUGUUUGAUAUGACUCCGAAAACCAAACAUAAAUAUAUGUAUAUAUUUUUUGAUAAGUAGCUUUCUUUUUCCUUUUCUACUGGGUCACCUUUAUAAAUUGUUUCUCAUACAGUCACUUAGGAAGCACACAUUUCUUGUAUUUCCUUCGUUGAGGAUAUUGUCAAAGCUCAUCUGGUAGGAAGAAGUUCUUUUGCAAUGGUUCUGAGGUUGUGUCAGUAAGUACUUGUUUUGAUCAUACAAAAGAAUUGCCAUAUUUGGAAUUUAAGUAUUCUGUACUUCAUGUACCUCAGUGAUUUAUCUAAGAAUAUCUUUUUUUUUUUAAAUGAAUACAAAAUAAAAUCCACAUUUUCAUUAAUGUCCA